GGAGAUUCUUUCGAGUCGGGCACACUUACUGGCCCCUUGGCUUGCCUUGCUCGCUCGCUUCGUCACUGAAACACCCGUGGCAGGCUUGACCUCGCGUCGGCAUCCUCAGGCCACUUCCGGCUCCAGCCCGGCAAGAUGGCGCUCAAAUACAGCGUCAGCAACCCCAACGAGACAUGGAUUAACAGCAAUGGCUUUAUCCUCUUUUACUUCUUUGCCAUCCUGGUCGUGCAUUUGGUCCUCCUCAGCUUCCCCUUCCUCAGCACGGAGAGCGUCUGGACCCUCACCAACACCGUGCACAGCCUGGUCAAUUUCUUGCUGUUGCAUUGGUACAAGGGUGCCCCCUUUGUGACCAUGGACCAGGAAUCGGAUUCCAAGACCCAGUGGGAGCAGCUCACGGCCAACAAUGAGCUCGACAUUUACAAACGCUUCCUCAUCGCGGCUCCCAUCAUUGUCUUCUUUAUUGCCGUUGCCUACACUCACUACAACUCAGUGCACUUUCUCAUCAACCUGGCUUUUCUGGCGUUGGCCGUCAUCCCCAAGAUUCCUGGCCUCUACGGCGUUCGUCUGUUCGGCAUCAAUCGCUACUAGGCCUCUUGAACGCGCACCUCCCUCCACUUGACACUCGACUCGCCCCUGAUUACAAAGGGCAUCUCCACAUCCAUGCCCUCUGCUUGGCCCCGUCCAAACUGCCUGCGGCGGCACAGCUCUGGCCUGCCCCACGAGUGCGGGUGUUAUUUUUGGCGGGUCCACAUUUCCCGAGUAACAACUGAAAUUCAGCACACUUUUUUGGUC